AUGACAGUCUUUUUUGCCCCGCGUGCCGCCAGUCUUCAGAAGUGGUGGAAUUGGCUGGCCGUUUUACCAACAUCCAAUUUUCUAUGCCACAGGUCAUCGCCGGGUCCAGAUAAGAUGGUCCGGAAAAGCGAAGAACAAGAGGAAGCAGAGCUGGCUCUGCUUUCUAGUGAGGAUGAUUCGGCUUCCAUCACCGAUCUCGACGAUCUCGAAGCGAACCGAAAAGACGAACCGAUCAUCAACCAAAACACAGAAAUAGAAUAUCAGACACCGACAACGGUGAAAUUCAUAUGGCUAACAUGCUACUUCGGCUUCAGCAUGGCGCUGACGAUAUACAACAAAUUGGUUCUUGGAUCGUUCAAAACACCUUGGCUCUUGACCUGCCUCCACACAUCAUUUAGCACACUCGGCACAUUCAUUAUGUUGAAGAUGGGAUACUUCAAACUGUCUAAGUUGGGUCGCAAAGAGCAUAUGAUAUUGGUGGCAUUUUCAUUUCUAUUUACGAUGAAUAUCGCCAUGUCGAACCUCUCACUAUCUCUUGUUUCGCUCGCUUUCUUCCAAAUUAUUCGCAAUACUGUACCUCUAUUUACCGUCUUGAUCUAUCGCCUCUGGUUCUCAAGAACGUAUGCGACGGGCACCUAUCUAUCAUUGAUCCCAAUCGUCGCGGGCGCUGGAAUGUGCACUGCAGGGGAUUACCAUUACUCCUUGCUUGGCCUAAUCGUCACGAUUUCGGGCGUGGUUUUGGCAGCGGUGAAGACCGUCACUACAAACCGCCUCAUGACCGGUUCCCUAAAGCUUCCCUCCAUGGAACUUCUUUUUCGAAUGGCGCCUCUCGCUGCGGUUCAAUCGUUUUUAUUUGCGAUCGUGGCAGGCGAAUUGCCUGUCCUAUCUCAAGCCAUGUCUGAGCGCACGGCCGAUGGUUCAGUCCUUCGUACCAUGUGCACCGUUGCAUUCAUCCUCGGAAAUGGACUACUUGCGCUUGUGUUGAACAUCGCCUCGUUCCAAACAAACAAGAUCGCUGGUGCGCUUACUAUUACGGUGGCUGGAAAUCUGAAACAGGCCAUCACGCUAGCACUUGGAAUUAUCGUAUUCGGAGAUUUUGCUAUCAAUCUCCUUAACGGGAUGGGCAUUUUCUUUGUUCUUGCUGGAUGUGCAUUCUUCAGCAAGGUUGAGUUGGAUUCGAAGAAGCGUGCGGCUUCUUCAUAAUAGUAUAUUCU